AUGACUAGCAAGUGUGAUGAAACCAAGCCGGUAUGCCGCAACUGCGAGCGUGUUGAGGAGCCCUGUAUCUAUGACCGCCUUCCUAAAGAUGAAUCUAUGGAAGCGGGUGAGCCCGCAGAAACGAAAGACCGGCGGAUCCUGGAGCUCAAAUUGAUGCAUCUUUAUAUCACUGAAACUGGGCCGACAAUUGCGUUCGACCCGGAGACAUCUUAUGAGGUCUUUGUUGAUGCUCUCCCGCGCAUGGCCUUCCAGUCGGACGGACUGCUGUACAGUAUCUAUGCAGUCACCAGUCUUCAUCAAACAAGAAAACUACCGUCCAAUAUCUCCGAAUCCUCUAUGCUGGAGCAUCACCAUCGUUAUCUACAGCUUGCAUUCAAACAUCAUCAUAAAGAGCUUAUUUCCUUUUCAAAGGAGAAGGCCGAUGUGAUUAUGCUUACCACUCAUCUGAUGCGUCUUGUAGCCUUCGUGAUGCUCUCAGAACGGAUUCUGGAACCUUAUGCGCCUCCCAUAGAGUGGCUUCGCAUAACUAGCAGCAAUGCGAAGUUCUUUCAAACCGCCAUGGAAGCUAUUGGGGAUGAUCCCUCCACCUGCACAGCCAAGCUAAUCAGAUCAACCCCACUAACAUUGGACGAGGAUAAUGCCCAGCACGAAUUUCCUGAUCCUCGACCAAGCUUUGAACAUAUCUUGACUGCUCGAAGCAAGGAUCCUGAUGACAACGAUGACCCGGCUUUCUGGGAUGAUGGUGUCAGGGUUGCGUACGAGGGAGCCAUGGGAUAUCUCGGCAGUAUAUUCCGGAUACUUCACAACUACGAUGGACCCCCCGGCCCGAUACGACGGCGAAUUGUUGUUUUCCCCUUUAUCGUGGAUCCUCGCUUCAUCGAUCUUGUAGCAGAGGGUCGUCCACGGGCCCUUGUUAUCCUGGCUCACUUUUUUGCGCUGAUUGUGUUCUUGGAUACCUAUUGGUUUGUCGGCAACACUGGGGCUCGGGAAGUCCGGGCGAUAGCUGCGCACCUUCCACCCUUCUGGCAAGGUCUAAUGGGGUUCCCCCUUUAUAUCGUCGAGAAUGGGUUCACUUGCAAACGAUGA